GUGUACAAAAGGUGUGAAGGAAAGAAAGAUAUGCACCCUGCAUCAGAUUAUGAAAGGCGUUUUCUGAUGCAACAUAAUGGCACGAGCUCUCCGCAAAAAGUUUUUUCUCCAGCUAAUUCGCCUCGAGUUACCCCAACGAAGUUUCGAGCUGAUGGUGGGGACCGUUAUAUUCCACUGAGACCGGCUAGUAAUGUAGAGUGGGAGACGAAGUUUGCAUCAUUAGCACCUGUGGCUCAGUCGUCUCCAGAAGCUCCAAACCAAUUUAAGCGGCCAGCCGUAAAUUCUGAACGUUCGUCUCCGUCGAACAGCAAUAGUUCUGCAGUAGCAAAUUCCAGCCCAGUCUCCACCACCUCUGGUAAUGCGGUCCCUGUUCUUGAAGAUACACGAGUUGAUUCUGCAGCUCAUCGUGCCUUACUUAGCAAUGAACUUUUGCAUGAUACGAUUGACGAUAUACGUGUAAGCAGUUCUUCCAGUUGUCUUUUCAAAUUUUUUGUUAAGGUGGUGCAGAAAGAACUUGAUAGUUGUGACACUGUGCGAAGUAAAUAUAGUCCAGCGAAAGGGCUAUUCAAAUUUGGCCAAAAAACUCCAACGAAGUACGGUGACGCAUCAACUAGUAGCCAUGCCCGGCGGGCCUUGUUUAGAGGUCCUCUUAGUGAGGAUAGUCAAAGAUUAUUAAAGUCUCCCAGGAAACCCCAGAGGAAAGUACCAAAGAAUCCUUACAAGGUUUUGGAUGCCCCUGAACUUCAGGAUGAUUUUUAUUUGAAUUUAGUGGAUUGGUCCUCGCAAAAUAUGCUUUCUGUUGGGUUGAGUACAUGUGUUUAUUUAUGGAGUGCUUGUAACAGUCAGGUUAUUAAACUUUGUGACUUAGCUGCUGAGGGGGAUACAGUUACUUCUGUACAGUGGGCUGAUAAGGGUGAGUUACUAGCUGUGGGAACAAAUAAAGGAAAUACUCAGAUUUGGGAUAUACACACGCAAAAGAAGGUGUGUGGUCUGAAGUGGUCUCCUGACCGACAGUUUCUAGCAUCUGGUGGGAAUGAUAACCAGCUUUUAGUUUGGAGUCUGAGGAAGAACGAACCCUUCCAGAUGUACAAGGAGCACAAUGCCGCAGUGAAGGCUUUGGCUUGGUCUCCACAUCAGCAUGGCCUUUUGGUUUCUGGUGGUGGGACUGCAGACCGUUGUUUACGCUUCUGGAACACCCUGACGGGGCAACCGUUACAGUGUAUUGACACUGGCAGUCAGGUCUGCAAUGUGGCGUGGUCUAAGCAUAGCCUUGAAUUAGUUUCUACUCAUGGUUAUUCGUAUAAUCAAGUGAUUAUUUGGAAGUAUCCGUCUCUCCAGCCUGUAACAAAAUUAACGGGUCAUCAGUAUCGAGUUCUUUAUUUGGCAAUGUCACCUGAUGGUGAAUCGAUUGUUACUGGGGCAGGUGAUGAAACCCUUCGGUUUUGGCACGUAUUUAGCAAGAAUGGACAGCAGAAAAUAACGAGGUCGAAACUUAAUCUCUUAACAAGCAUUCGUUAG